AUGCCCACAUCACGCGUUGAGCGGUCUCGCAAGACCCUAUCCAGGGCUCAUGAACUCCACAACGAGUCCGAGGCCAGGCGAAAAAAAGUGCGGAAGGGAACACAUAGCUGCUGGGAGUGCAGGCGAAGAAAAAUGAAGUGCAUCUUUGGCUCCCCCACAGAUACCGUCUGCGUCAGCUGUCAGCGACGGGGUGCCAAGUGUGUCGCCCAAGAGUUUCCCGAAGAGAUCUCACCUUCACUCGACAGGAGCCUUCAGAUGGGUGAUCGUAUGGUGAGGGUCGAAACACUGGUUGAGCAACUACUUAAGAAGGUUUCAAAUGGCUCGGACUUUAUCAGCGCAGACACGACAAGAGAAGAUGAGGCGAGAGCCACACAAGGUCGUCUUACUCCUACAUCUACUAGCUGUCAGUCUUCACAGUUGUCCUCUUCAUACGAGCAUUCGGUGGAUACCGAAAAAGUUGAAUAUGAGAUUCCCACCGGCGGUGCUUGGCUUCCGAAAUCUAAAAAUGCCAGAGGACAACUCGUUACGCCGAGGAAAUACGAGACACUAUCUCGGAUUCUGCACAAAUAUUUACCUUUACCGAAAGAUUCCGAGAUAAUCCUCAAAGCUCACAGUAACAUAUCUACCCUAUUCAACCAGAUGCUGACUGUCCCAUACAAGGACCUUGACCGGAGUGAUCCCAAGGCUUCAGAGGGCCUGCUUGAGAGGCCAGAACCAUAUGCCCACCCCGUCUUCAUAGCGAGAUACAUGCUUCACGUCGCCACUUUCUUGCAACAUCUCCCCCCCAAUAGCCAUGAAGUGGCCCGAAGACUAUCGGAACCUCCUUGCGAGAUGAUGAACCGACUAGCCGAUGCGGCUAUCAGUCUCGUUACGACGAACGAUGAUCUUGUCGGUAGCGUCGAGGGACUAGAGUGUGUCAUGCUCGAGAGUCUGUACCAAACGAACGGUGGAAACCUUCGCAAAGGCUUGAUCGCGAUCCGAAGGGCGAUGGUCGUUGCGCAGUUGAUGGGUUUCCACAAACCAGGGAGUCAGGCCCAGGGCAAGGUUCUUGAUCCUGACAAAAAAGCUUACACCGAAUUCAUAUGGUUCCGAAUCGUGUUUGCUGAACGCCAUCUCUGCCUCAUGCUCGGCUUCCCACAAGGCACACUCGAUCAGAGUAUGGCGUCCAAAGCCAUGCUCGCAGGAGAUACGCCCAUGGGGCGUCUGGAGCGCGUUCACUGCGUGGUCGCAUCUCGACUCCUGGAACGCAACCAAUCCGAUCCCAGCUCCCAAGACUUUGCCCUAACGCAAGAAUUGGACGCAGAGCUGCUGAGAGCGGCUGAGGGCCUUCCAAGCAAAUGGUGGCUCGCCGCAAACUUGGCUACUGUCGUGAACAAGCCAGAGGCGAUGUUUUGGGACAUGCGGCGGCAAUUUCACCAGCUCUUCCAUUAUAAUCUGCUCAAUCAGCUCCAUCUCCCAUACAUGCUGCGCUCCUCGUCAACCGGACACAAAUUCGAUUAUUCUCUCAUCACCUGUGUCAACGCGUCCCGCGAGGUGCUCUCUCGCUUUAUCACGUUCCGGAGCUUUAGCCGGGUGUCUUUAUGCUGCCGAACCAUCGACUUUUUUGCUUUGAUGGCCGCCAUGACACUUCAAAUAGCACACCUUGACGGACACCGGCGAUCUGCUGCUGCCCUUGCACGUUCGAAGUGGCAAGAGCUGCCGGCGGCGAAAACAGAAAACCUCCUGGCGCAUCAGCGCCCGGCCGAUCGCGCCAUGAUAGAGCAAACGCAGGAGAGCAUGGAGGAGGUUAGCCGGCUGCACGCAGACGCGCUGAGCGCGCAGAGUGCCGAUUUGUUGCGCCGCCUGCUAGCUAUCGAAUCUGAAGCAGCCAGCGGACAUGCUCACCGCGCCGAUAGCGUGAGCGUCGAGGCGCCUCACACUGCGGAAGAGUUGGACGAGGAGCCUAGCGAGGAUAGUAGUGGCGCUGUGCGUGUCUACAUUCCUUACUUUGGGGUCAUUAAUAUUGCACGCGAGGGCGUCAUCUCCAAAGAGACAUCCAUUAACUGCGAUGAGGGUCUUACCAUAGAGACAGAGAGUGGAAGGAGAGAGCUCUCGAUCCAGCCAGCAGCUAUUGGCGAUGACCUCAUUGCUACGCAGGUUGUAGUGCAAACCCCGAGGUCCACGUCUGAGGUGUUCUUACAGCAGUGUGGAGACCCUAUUGUUACUGCUGGAGUCGAUGACUGGGCGUUCCAAGGCGUCGACAUGGCCUUUUUUGAUAAUUUGAUGAGAGGUGCUGGAGAUGAUGUUAAUCUUAAUCUUGAGCUACCGGCUUGGUCGACUAAGUCUUGA